AUGCUACAUGAGCUAUUUCUACUACUCUCUGGGCAUCCAUCGCCAAUACUCACCCCCUCUGGCCUCCUGCCCUCUUUCCCACUGGUGUCUCCAUCCGAAAGGGCCCUGCUGUCCUCGUUAUCCUCCCUUGGACAUCUCCACAUUUCCCUCCGAAAUGCUUGUUCCACCAUCACUACCACCCAUCCCUCGACCAUCGCACGCGCGGUUGCGAGCGGCAUUUCUACAUCCCACCUGCAUGCUUUCCGUGCACGAAUUCUCUCAGUCGAGCAGCAGGUUCUCUCACGAUCUGCGGGUAUGGUCGGUGGCUACGACAUCGUGUCGCUGGCAAAAAUAAUGUCCGAGUUCGAGGGAUGGGAGAGAAUAUUGUCUUACUUGCAUUCGCUUGCAUCCGCCAUGGGGGAAAUGAGCGGGGGGCAACUGAUCAACCGACUGCGAACAGACAUUCACACCGGCUUCCCCACAUUAGAGGCUGUAUCGCAGCAUCUGCUCAAGGUUGCUGAGACAGCUUGGUUGCGGGAGGUUUCAACGUGGGUUUUGUAUGGAAGGCUCCCAAGUUCUGAGGAUUUCUUCAUUACAGAGUCAGAGUCAGUAGUGUUGAAUCCCGUAAACGAGGACGAAACUGGUGUGCUGAAGGAAUAUACUAUCGCCAAAUCACGCCUACCUUCCUUUGUGACCCCAGACACAGCCUCUUCUAUAUUAUUUAUUGGACGCGCACUCUCGGUGAUUCGAUUACGAGGAGGAGCAAAUACUGGAAUUGCAUCCGACACAAUUAGUCCGGAAAUGACGCUUCUUCCGGUUCAUCUAUCGCAUCUGCAGUCGCUUCAGUCCCCGCUAUCGCCUCAGAAACUUCUUACUGCGGUUUCGGAAAUACGGCUUUCCUUGUCAAAACAUACCCUACAAAAACUUCUACCGGCUUCGAAAAUUAUUGAUGUAGUUCAUGUCCUGCGAGAAUUCUUUCUACUUGGCCGUGGGGAGUUUGCCGGCGCCAUAGUUGAGCAAGCAUCUGAGCAAGUGCGCAAUCGAUGGCGGCGGCCUGGUGCCAGUGGGGGUAUGGGUGCAUCGGGCGUCAAAUCCAGCUCGAGUAGCGCUGUUGUCAAAGAGGGCGAAGUAUCAUCGAUAUUGACAAGAACCUGGGGGGUACUUUCAUCACUUCAAGGAGAGGAAACCACAGAUGAGAGAUUAGAUACCGCCAGGGAUCUUUUAUACUUGUCCCUGGUCAAGCCACCGCCCGCGGCUUCCGUAGCUUCAACGCCUGUCCAUCCAAAAGCUAAACUUGGGGAGUCAUUCAAAGACCUCUUGGUUGGUGUUCCAGUUACACUGAAUUUUCACCUUAGCUGGCCCUUGGAACUCUUUCUGCAACCAGCAGAUUUAGAGACUUAUGACGCCAUCUUCGCAUAUCUCAUCUCUGUUCGCCACACUUUGAUUAGGUUGCAAACCUUGUGGCGUGGUAGACGAUAUCCACCCGCUCCCCUUGCCUUUUCUAAGAGUGAAAAUAGGGCAGUGGCAAAAGCGCGCAGAGAGGUGAUCAAGAAACGUGAGGGUAUCGAGAGGGCUGUUUGGGCAACAGCUGGCCUAAGUGUGUUCUUCCUGGAAACACUGGUAGGCUACUGGCAAGGAGAGGUGGUAGGAGGUGCCUUUGGCGAGUUAAUGGAAAUUCUGGGUCAAGGCCUAGAGGAGGCCCCGGAGGAAGAACAGCAGCGGCAGCAAGAAGAUGAAGAUGGGGAUCUCUGGAUGGCGGACGGAGAAGACCAGGACGUCAGGAACGUUGAAGAGAAGACCAAAGAGCAGCAAGACCCCGAAUCGUUGAUGCGGGAACACCACCUCUAUCUCUCCCGGCUGAAAAGAGGAUUGUUUUUGGCCGAUCAUCAGUUUGCACCCCUACUUAAGAAAUUCCUAACUUCUUCCGAGGCUCUCGCUUCCCGUAUCGAGCGCAUGGGCCGCAGGAACCGUCUCACUGAUUUGAACAUUACCCCCGAUACUAGCACGAAUGAUAGGGAAGUUGCGGAGUGUAUGGCGAGCUGUAGGUUGGUGAGAAAUUUGCUUGGCAUGUUGAUUGAGAGGUUACAGAGAAUAGAUGAAGAGAGAGAUAUUGGAGGUGGUGAACUGCUGUCUUCCGGGAGAAAAGGUGGAGGGGGAGUUGGAAAGAUCGAUAGGCUACUUAUGAGGCUGGACCUGGCUAAUCUGCGAUUGGGGGAUUAAUACCACAAUAUUAUAGCUGA